UUAAGAGAGGCUCUCCAGCUAGUUUACUCGGACAGCGUUCUUGAUAUUUUGCCAAGGUAGCAGCUCAGCUAGCAACAACAAGAGCUCCUGCAUCGACCUAGAUCUCCAUCUCCUUGAGUCCAAGAUGCUGGAUAAGCUGUGGGACGACGUGGUAGCCGGGCCUCGCCCGGAGACGGGCCUCGAAAAGCUCCGCAGGGUCGCCGCCACCCAACCUCUUGCCAUCAACAAAGAUGUGGGCGGACUCGAGGCGAGCAAGUCGAUGCCGACGACCCCGACCACGCCGGUGACUCCGUCGUCGUCACGCGGCAGCAACGUCUGGCGGAGCGUGUUCCACCCGGGGAGCAACCUGGCAACCAAGAGCAUCGGCGCCAACCUCUUCGACCGCCCGCAGCCCAACACCCCCACCGUUUAUGACUGGCUUUACAGCGACGAGACCAGGACCAGGAGCAACCACCGCUGAAUGGAAGCUGUACGUCCGAUCGUAGAAGGCACAGAGUGGUGAAUAACCUUCUGAUACGGAGGUUAUCUAAUACGGAGUGGUACUACCAUGCGUACAUACUUUGCUUUCCGAGGCCGUGUGUUGUUUGUCCUAGCUUUAGCUGCUGCUGGUGCUGCGCUUGUAGCUUGGCCUUUGCCCUUUGUCCUGUUUUAUCCCAGUUUGCUGGCUGUUCAACGCUGAAGGUGAACGAGUGCCAUGCCUGUAGUGUGUGUAUGACUCAUGUGUAAAUUCGCGCUAUGACUCAUGUUUAAUUGCCUAUGUUAAGACAAUAAUAACAGCCGGAGAGCAUGUUUAAGAUCAAA